UGCGGCACCGUCAGCCGACAUCGAAUAUCGAGGUCACGACUUGUUGGAUCCUGGUGGGGGGGCGAUGACGGGGGGUGCAGGGAGCAGCGGUGCGGGGGGGUCCGGGGGUGCCCAAUUCGACCCACUGUUCGAGAAGGAGAUGUCGAAGUUGAGGCGAGGGAACAUUGUUUGGAACUACGUCACCGCGGGCCAAUACGUCGGGGACCAGUCGAAGAUGCACGCGGACCGAAAGUUGCGUUGCAACUUAUGCGGCCACCUGUUUCAGGGGGGGUCGUCGAAGGCCGCGCGUCAUUUUACGCAGUCAAAGUUCUGCAAGGCUGGGGGGAUGAGAGUUCUCGCGGAACUCUGGGACGGCAUGGACUACACAUUUGUGUCGUCCACUGCUCAGCGGGUGCAGAGGUGGAUGGCAGACGAGGGCAUACGGGACACGAGAGCGCCCGCGGGUGGCCAGAGCCAGCGGAUGGACGACUUGGAGAGGGACGACAUGCAGGACGCCCUCGAUGAGGAGGGCCGCGAGGGUGGGGCCAGGGAGGGGGCGGUUGCAGACGAGGCAGACGAGGCAGACGAGGCAGUCGGAGAGCCUAACCUGCCAGGGGAGGAGGUGGUGAUGACGUCGAGAGGCGUCGGUGGAGCGGGUCCUGCUACUAGGGCGCCGCGAGGUGAGGUGGAGCGCGCGCGGAGGGAGAAGAGGAUAGUAGGGCAGGAUGGCGUCGAGGUGCCAGACACGGGCAGGGAGAAGAGGGCGCGGCAGACCACGAUUGUCGAGAUGUACGCCAGGGAGAAGUUGGCCGAGUUCCAUGACGCGUGGCUUCAGUGGAUCUACGUGAAGAAGUUGCCAUUCAACGCCUUCCGUGGUCCGGAGUUCCAGAGGGUGCGGCAGGCAGCAGAGAGAGUGCCUCGCUCUAUCCAGUUUCGGUUUCCCUCCUUCAAGGUUACAGCGGGGGCCGGUAUCCCUUCGCAGAGGGCGAAGGUGGCGACGAUGGUGAGCAAGCAUCUGCUGCAGUUGAUGAGGAGGGUCGAUGUGCCGACGGACAUGAUCGAGCCGUGGGUGCCUGAAGUUGCCAUCCGCAACCUCCACAUGCUAGAGCCCGCACAUGCCGCGGCCCACCUCCUCAACCCUCGCCGACGGUCCCUCACGUAUUACCAUUCGCUACAGACGACCGCCGACAACCGCCUUGUGGUCGAGGAGUGCGACAGAUUUCUCCUAGCGCAGACCGACGGCGAUUCGGUCGGCAGACUGUACAGGACCGUGAGGGACCAAAUGAGGGCGUUCCACUCGAGGCGAGGGGAUUGGGGAGAUCGUGAGCUCUCUGAUGCCGACGCGGCAGAUUGCACGGGGGACAGUGAGACCGAGCGAUGUGCAGUGUGGUGGUUCGAGCAUGGACGUGCCCACCCGGAGUUGCGCACCAUCGCCAUCUGUGUCAUGCACUUGUGGACGUCUGCCUCUCCAGCGGAGAGAAACUGGGCGGAGCACGAGCGCGUCAGCACGGCGAGGCGCUGCAAGCUUGGGUUCGCCAAGCUUGCACAGCUAGUUGAGAUUGCCACCAAUCUCAAACUGGCCUCGUGCGCACGACAGGGUGGUGGCUACGUGUUGCCAUGGGUUAUGGGGAGCGGUCGGGGGGGAACGACGGCAGAGGAGGAGGAGGAGGAGGGAGAUGAGAUCCAGCGGCAGAUUGUCGCUUUCCGUGACAACCGACCGUCCAGAGCCCGUUCGGUUCGGGACAUGUUCGGAAGCAGAGCGACUGAGCUGCGACCGUGGCCGAAGGGUGGGGAUGAUGUGGACGUUGCUGCGGCAGACGACGACAUCGACGACGACUGGACUGACGAUGAUGACACGCCGCUGAGUCGCGACCCGACGGCUGAGCGAGUGCACUUCACUUACAGUGGGGGUCGUGACAGCACAGAUUCAUUCACAUCAGUUAUCACUGGUGCUGUGUCAUCGACCGCGCCGACGAGUAGCAGCAGCAGAGUCGGCGGUGGUCAUGGAGGACGUUCGCAUGCGGAGGUUCGCGUGGACGACUCGGGGGAGCAGCAACCACGGGGAGGUCUUCGGCAGACAGGCAGGCGUUGGGAGGUUAGGAGCGACAGCGAGGAGGAGGGGGAGGCCGAGGAUGAGGAGGUGGCCCUUCGCGAUCGUCGCUUCUCUCCCUCCCAUCAUCCGAUCUCUGCACAGCCUGAGGGGGAGCCACUCAGGCGUUCGGAGAGGUUGGCGUCGGCAGCAGGCAGAGACCGGACACAUGACGGCGAGGAUCGUGGGGGAGAGAGGACUCCUUCCGACGCCGGUAUCCGCCCCCGCUCGCCGUCGGUGCUCCACACACAGGACUUCGAGGACAUAGGGCUUGGUGGGAGCUUGGCAGAUUUGAGUGUCGAGGGACGUCGACGUGCCUCACCGCAAGAUGUGCACACAGACGCGGACGUUGAGCGGGGCCCUGUCGAGACUGAGGAGGAGAGGGAUGCCCGUUUGGUCUGUGAGGAGGAGGAGCGGCUGAGGAGUUUGCCACAGUGGGAGGGUCGGUUCGCGUAUCUCGACGAGCAGCGUCGGCAGAGGGACUUGGAGACAGGAGGGGAGGGGAGCCGUGACGUCGACAACUCGGGUAUCCCUGAGGAGGCGGUUCAGGGGGAGUUCGAUUAUGAGGGGCAGGAUGCCGCCGCGGGUGUCCCUGAGGGGCAGGAUGUUGUCAUGGACGGUGGGUCCCCUAGUGGGGGCCAUGGCAACAGCGAGACCGCGGGUGAUGAGGGACAGGGUGCCGCAGUGUGCGGCAGAGGAGAGGGUGGACCCGGUGGAGAUGGGGAUACCGCGGGUGUCGGUGGAGACGAUGGACCGGACGGCAACGAUGACGAUGACCACGGUCCGGAGGACGAUCCCCGCAAGAGCGGCAAGCAGCGGGCCCCUGGGAGGGUAUAUUCACCGCCGCCGUUCACAGUGCAGAGCCCUCACUGGUCGGGUUCGUCGCUCAGCAGCGUUAGAGGGAGGGAGUCCGGUGCGGGUCAGGUGGGGUCCGGCAGACGCAGCGACGGCGGCAGAGAUAGUGCAGGAUCGAUGCCUCCACCGCCCACACGGACUCCGGAGGGCAGGGUCGACACCGGGGACCGGACGGUGGCACCCGCAGUUGCGCACAGUGGCGGUUCCCCGCCGCCAAUCCGAGGAGGUGUGGGUGGCGGAUGGUCAGCUGUUCGUCGGGUCAGGGACCGGUUGCGGGCGCCAGGAGGGGCGUCUUCACGGGACGUGCACCUGUUCAGGCGCAGGCUGCAGAGGGCGGGUCCGAACGUCCGAGCCUGCAGAUGGCAGGCCUCAUGCUUGGUUUGUCACGAACGGAGACGAGGAGGACAUUGGUCCUCAAGGCCCCAGGGACAUCCACGGACAGGCUGCGGGAAGAGCAGUUCACAUCGGGCGAGGAGGGGUUGUUCAUGCGUCCCGGGACGAGACGACAGCAUGGCCUCUCAGAGGUUGAGGCUCAACUCGCUGCAGGGGUCGCCGCUGGCCAGGCAGCAUUGGACGCGAUUCAGAGGGAGAGAGAGAGGGGGAUUGCUACAGGCGGAGGAGGACGAGGACGCAGACACAGACACUGAGUCUGAGCCGAUCGAGACUGCGGCAUGCAGACACAGGGCACAGGUGGCCGCGGCGGCCGCUGCGGCACAUGCUGCAUAUGUCAGCGGGGCACGGGGCACAGGUGCCGGAGGGAGAGGAGGGCGCCGGGGAGGAUCGCAUGGCCGCACGUCCGCCGGGAGAGGCCACGCGCGCUCUGGUGGGAGAUGACGACGUCCGUGGUGUUUUUUGCUACUCGGUUGUACAGUAGAGACGACGCCCGUUGACGGGUCCAGUUUUGUUUUCCUACUCGGUUGUACAUUAGGGUUUUCAUUUAUUUUUUUUUCGUACUCGGUUUUCAUUAGAAACGAUGUGGACAUUAGGGUUUUCAUUUUUUUUUUCCUACUCAGUUGUACAGUAGAGACGACGCCCAUCGACGGGUCCAAUUUUUUUUUGCUACUCUGUUGUGUAGCAGAGACAAUGGGUCCAGUUUUUUUUGCUACUCGGUUGUAUAGUAGAGACUACGGGUCCAGUUUUUGGCUUCAGCCUUGUACAUACGCAUUUCCAUUGCAAUGCUUUGUCAUAUAUUUGCUAUUGUUCUUGUUCCUCCGCCAACAUUGGUCUUGCAUCUGAGUCGCUGUUGUCUGGUGAUUGUUUUCUGCUCUGUUGUCGUGAUUGUUGCAAAUUAUGUGCUUCUCCGAUGCCACGCAYGUGCAUGUCAUGGAUGCCUCCAUUAUGAAGGUGCAGUUAAUUUCAGAUGCGACAUAGAGAUGAUGUGCUAAUGAAUGUCUUCUUACAUAAAUGAUGUGCUAAUGAAUGUCCAUCAGUCUC